AUGGAUUCUAGACUUGAUAAUGUUGAGAAAGAGGUUACCAAGUUGGGAGUUGAAAUGGGUACCAUCCGGGAGUGUUUGGUGGAGUUACAAUCAUGGGUACGACGAAAGAAUGAAGAAGAGUCGAGUAGAACAGAGGGACGUUCAACAAAAAAUAUUCAAUCUCACAACGACGAAAAUAUAAACGGAGCCAGUGGGUCAGGGAGUAGUAACCAAAACCGCAGUGAAAUAGGAGGGAGAAAGUUGGAGAUGCCAAUCUUCUCCGACGAAGACCCUUAUGGGUGGAUCUUUAGAGUAGAGCGGUACUUCAACAUCAAUGGCAUCUCGGAAGAAGGAAAGCUGACGGCAGCUACUGUCUGCAUGGAGGGAGAAGCUAUCAAUUGGUUCCAGUGGACAGAAUCCAAAACACCAGCAAGCUCAUGGGCUAUGUUGAAAUUAGCACUACUUCAGAGAUUCAAUGGAUCCCAAGAACUCAACCCCUAUGAAUCCCUAAUGGCGAUGAAGCAAACUGGGUCAGUGGUAGAUUUCCGUCGUCAAUUUGAAGCAGUAGCAGCUCUGUUGGUAGGAGAGAAAGAAGAGAUCCUACAAGCUGCGUUUAUAAAUGGACUAAAAACAGAAAUUAGAGCUGAGGUUAGGUUGGCCCAACCAAACUCUUUAAUUCAGAUUAUUGAACUGGCCCAAAGAAUUGAAGAAAAAAACCAAGCCUUAGAAGAGGCCCAAGUGGGGGUAAACCGGGUUUCACGCACAAGUGGGCCUGGGUUUUCAUAUGGAUCCAGGAGUAUAACCCAUUUUGAUAACCAUAACCCGACCCAGUUCAAUAUUAGCCCAAAAUUUCCCAAUUCGACAGUUUCGACAGAAUCCCUAAAAGCUAACCCAAAUACUUUCUCCCAUGUUACUCAACGGCCACUGGAAUCUUCCAUGCAAGGGUCGACGGCGAACUCUUACCCACGCGAACCAACGACAACGAGCUCCAGGCCAUUCGAACGACACGGGUUUCCACGACGAGACUUACCUUUUCUUCGGAUGACAGAUGCCGAGAUCCAGAUGAAGCGAGAGAAGGAAAUAUGUUUUAAGUGUGAUGGGAAGUACUCGAUUGGGCACAAAUGUGGGGAGAAACAAUUUCAAAUCCUCCUGAUUGAUGAAAAAGAAGAAGAAGACCCAGAUCCAAGUGUGGGGGAGGAGAUUAUCGAAACUGAAACAGAGAAACCACAGGAGAAUGUAGAGCUUUCGCUGAGUUCAGUGGUGGGGAUUCAAGGCCCGAAGACAAUGAAACUCAAAGGAAGAAUCCAAGGUAAGGAAUGGAUUGUGUUGAUUGAUAGUGGGGCUUCCCACAAUUUUAUUAGCUCAAAAGUGGUUGAACAGUUGGGAAUACCAGUGGUGAGGACUCAAUCCUUCGGAGUCGGAGUUGGUGAUAGAUACAGUGUGAGAUGUGAAGGGGAAUGUAGGGACGUGUGCAUGGAGUUACAAGGGGUGAAUAUUAUCCAGAAUUUUUUCCCGUUCGAUAUGAGCAGCGCAGACGUGGUACUGGGUAUUGCUUGGCUUGAGACCUUGGGCGAAACCAUUACGUAUUGCCGGAAACAAAUUAUGAAGUUUACAAUGGGACACAAAACAGUCUAUCAAUCUAGGGAUCCCUCUCUUACCAAGACAUUGGUUUCCCUCAAGGCAAUGAUUAAGACACUACAAAGCGAAGGGCAGGGUUGUUUGAUCGAAUUUGGGCAGCUACAGACUCAGUCUGCAAAUGCGGGGAGUAUCGAUGACAGACUGCUGCAAGUCUUGGGCAAGUUUAGCCAAGUCUUCGAACCACUCUCCGGGUUACCACCCGUCAGGUCCAGAGACCACGCCAUUCAGCUAAUCCCCGGGACACAACCACCAAACCUCAGAACCUACCGGUACCCUUAUUACCAGAAAAAUGAGAUCGAGCGUUUUGUCAAGGAGAUGUUGGCUUCGGGAAUUAUAAAACCAAGCAUCAGUCCGUUUUUCAGCCCUGUUUUAUUGGUGAAAAAGAAGGAUGGAGGGUGGCAAUUCUGUGUCGACUACCGGGCAGUUAAUAAAGUGACAAUCCCGGAUAAAUUUCCUAUUCCAGCUAUUGAUGAAUUGUUUGAUGAGUUAGAAGGGGCAACAGUUUUUUCAAAACUUGAUUUGAAAUCCGAUUAUCAUCAGAUUAGAGUGCGGCCAAAAAACAAACCAAAGACUGCCUUUCCGACACACGAAGGGCACUAUGAAUUUCUCGUCAUGCCUUUCGGCCUUACCAAUGCACCUGCAACCUUUCAAGCUAUCAUGAAUGAUGAGAACCAGUUGGUGGUCAAUCAGAAAAAGUGUCAGUUCAGGCAACUACAGUUGGAAUAUCUGGGACAUAUUGUAUCAGCUGAAGGUGUAGCCGUUGAUCCCAGUAAAAUAGACAGCAUCACUAAACGGCCGACACCAAAGGACAUCCGGGAACUUAGGGGAUUUCUCGGGCUGAUAGGUUACUACCGCCGUUUUGUUCGCGAUUAUGGUAAAGUUGCUCUUCCACUCACUGCCCUGUUGAAAAAGGAUUCUUUUGGGUGGAAUCCAACAGCUCCACAAGCCUUUGAAGACUUAAAAAGAAUCAUGACCAGUGUUCCUGUCUUACGGAUGCCCAACUUCACUCAAGAGUUUAUUAUCGAGACCGAUGCUUCAAGAAGCGGGUCAGGGGCAGUGUUGAUGCAAGAGGGGAGGCCUAUUGCAUUUCUCAGUUAA